GGCUUAUCAUUUAAGCACAGUCAGUGUUCGCUUUUCACAGCAACUAUAGUUUGUACAAAAGUAAACUUAUUUUAGUACACUCUAAGAUUAUCGAUAUGAAUUCCAUUACCUAUUUUCUGAUGUUUUUGCUGGUCCUAGUCUCUGACAUUGAAGCAACUAAAGGAAAAGGUGGUGGUGGCUAUGGAGGUGGUGGCUUUGGAGGUAUGAGCUAUGGAGGAGGAGGAGGAGGUUUCGGAGCUGCUCCUCAGCAAGUAAUUUACGUACCUGCUCCUCAACCAGUGUUCUAUCACGUCCCAGCACCAAGACCAGUUUCUAUUCCGGCUCCUUCUUAUGGAGGUAGUCAAGGGGGAUAUGGCGGAAGUCAAGGGGGAUAUGGCGGAAGUCAAGGAGGAUAUGGCGGAAGUCAAGGGGGAUACGGCGGAAGUCAAGGGGGAUACGGCGGAAGUCAAGGAGGUCACGGUGGGGGCCAAGGUGGAUACGCUCCUCCCGUUAGCAGCGGAUAUGGCGGUUCUUCAGCCGGCGCACCAGUUCACGUGCACGUUCAUUCAGCACCGACCACAGUUUCAUCGUCUUAUCAAUCAGCCCCGAUCGCCCCAUCUUACCAGCCAAUUCCAGUAGCUUCUUACGGAGGAGGACAUGGGGGCGGCCAAUCCGGUGGAUACCAAGGAUCAGCAGGUUAUGGUUCUGCUCCAAUUUCAUCUUACCAUCAGGCGCCAUCUGUGGACUCAUACGGCCCUCCUCCUCAAUCAGGAGGUUACUAAGAGAUUCUUCUCUGCAUACUAGUUGAUAAGAUCCUCAUCUAUAGGAAUAUUUCAAAGAGAGACAAAUAUAUAGCAAUAUUAUGAUCAUCCACAUCUCCUCUCACUUCAUGUAAAACUGAAAGAUUAAAUAUACUGCAUGUUUAAAAUCUCAAA